AUGGAUAGAAGCACAAGUUCACAAUACACAGAGAGAUACGAUUGUUUUAACUUUGCCUUGGCAUGUGACAAAUUUGGUGUGCCUGACAAAGUAGCAUCAGCAUUGGGAACCGCUCUUUUGCAAGAUUUUAAAAUUAAAGAUAAGCAUGGGAAACCUCUCAUCAUGGAUAAAUCGAAAGUUCGCAGAGAAAAAGAGAAAUGCAGACAAGAAGUGCUUCGCAAACGGUUAGAUGAUACCAAUUUGUUAGCGUUUUCAUUCGAUGGCAGAAAAGAUGAUACUUUAAUGAUAGAUAAAAUUGAUGAUAACUAUCAUACUAGGAGGGUAAAAGAACCUCACCUUGUUACUUUGAGAGAACCCAAUUUUGAAUUGAUUGGUUAUGUAAGACUGGAACAUGAAACCGUUGAAUACAAAACAACCAAAUUAAAUGGUUUUUUCAACGAUAAAAAUAUAUCACUGGAUACAUUAAUUGGGAAUAUACACUGGGACGGUGAGCCAUCAAACACUGGCCCACACGGUGGAAUU